CCUUUUUUUCUCCGACCCAGCUUUAAUCCCUCAAAUAGAACCUAUCAGACCUAUAUAACCUACAAUGUCAAUCAUUCCCACUGCGAUUCCCGGUGCCUUUCCUGGGCCUAUAGCCUCGCCCGAAAGUCGCCAUCCCAACGAGCUCAUGCUACACGCCUCAACCAUAUCCAAGCAGUACCAGUCCGCUGCCCGAAACCACCUCUUGUCGCAAUUCGAUCUCCUAGCCACCUUCUACAUCUGCCUAAUCUUUCUAUACGAUUACAACAUCCUUCUUCUUGUGGUGCGUUUAGUGCUCCAGUCGUUUUUGUCCUUGGCGGUGGACACACCCAUGAACACGAUCAUCCCCCCGUUAGCGGUAUACCAGGCCACUGUCUUUGUGAACGUCGGCUCCCUCAUCAUCCACGGGGUCUAUGGUCAGGCCGUAUCGUCUCGGGCUGACGGCUACAUAUUUGGCCACUACAUCAUCCAGGUAAUCGGCCAGCAACAGCUCUCGUCGCGGUAUCCACUAUUAUUAUUAGACUUUGUGUUGAUCACCCUCAACAUGGCGCUCUUUGACAUGAACUUUGGGCUGAAAGUGAUGAAGGAACACCGUUUGGGCGAAAUCAGAAGCGAGGGUCCGGACGGGAAUGCACAGUCGGUAGUGACUGUGAACCUUUCUGGCGUGUUCAAAGGAAAGUUUUUGCAGAGAUUGAUACAUUACAGCGAGGAAAUGGCGGAGCUGGACGAGGUGGAUCGGAUCGCAGCGAUAACUCAGUUGUAUGGGGCGGUAUAGCGAGCGAGCUUCACUAACUGGCAUAAUUAACGUUUAUCUAUUUACCCAAAACGAUCCGCGAUUAGCGUGGGACCUCAUUAACAGUGAAAAUUUUCAUAGUCCCCCCCUACAGCAGUUUGUUCUAAAUACAAUUUAUAAGUUAUUUCACCGCCUGUUCUGAGCCAAUAUAUAGCAAGAAUUUAACGCCUUACACUAAGGAA